UAAUUAUGUUUACAUCAGUUGGUAACAGAUUAACUAUUAUCUAAACUCUAGUAAAAUGCAUACAAAACAAUCAAAAAAGCUAGCUGUUCACCAAAAAAAAAAAAUAAAUAAAUAAACCAAAAAAAAAAAAAUUUGAAAAGCUUACAUCUAACAAAUCCACCUUAAAAAUCUCCUCGAAUUUCUCUCACUCCCUAUGCUGAUCAACGAUUUCACAAGCGUACCCUCAACUUCCGGAAACCGAAACUAAAGAAUCUCUCAAAGAUUCUUUUCCUCCUUUCCCUAUAUAAAUUAAACCAAAUAAAUGAAUCCUCACCACCACCACCACCACCUGAAAGUCUCUCACGUGCUCAUCGCGCUUUCAACAUGGCAUCACUCACGUGCUCUGCCGCCGAUCUCAUUCCACUCUUCGGUUCAAACCCCAACGCCACUGCAGCCGCCGACUACCUCUGCCGCCGCUUUGACGCCGUCACGUACAAAAUAUCCGACACCGAUUACGCCGUCAACAGCACCUACCUCCUCUUCUCGGCUUACUUAGUCUUCGCCAUGCAGCUCGGCUUUGCCAUGCUCUGCGCCGGCUCCGUCCGCGCCAAGAACACCAUGAACAUCAUGCUCACCAACGUCCUCGACGCCGCGACUGGUGGCAUUUUCUACUACGUCUUCGGCUUCGCACUGGCUUUUGGAUCUCCUUCCAACGGUUUCAUCGGCCACCAUUUCUUCGGCCUCAGUCCGUUUCCUUCUCCUUCUUUCGACUACGGUUUCUUUCUCUACCAAUGGGCUUUUGCUAUUGCAGCGGCUGGAAUCACAAGCGGCUCCAUAGCCGAACGGACUCAGUUCGUUGCCUAUUUGGUUUACUCGCUAUUCUUAACGGGCUUUGUUUACCCCAUUGUGGCCCAUUGGUUCUGGUCCGGUGACGGUUGGGCCAGCCCAGGUCGAUCCGAUAACCUUUUAUUCGGAUCCGGAGUCAUCGAUUUCGCUGGAUCCGGAGUCGUCCACUUGGUAGGAGGCGUUGCCGGGUUAUGGGGAGCGUUAAUCGAAGGUCCGCGUAUCGGCCGGUUCGAUCACCAAGGUCGGUCCGUUGCAUUGCGAGGACAUAGCGGGACAUUAGUAGUAUUAGGCACGUUUUUGUUAUGGUUCGGAUGGUACGGGUUCAACCCGGGUUCGUUUUUAACAAUCGCCAAAGUAUACGGUCAAAGCGGGUCUUACUACGGUCAAUGGAGCGCCGUGGGCCGAACCGCCGUGACGACGACUUUAGCCGGCUGCACAGCCGCUCUAACCACUCUCUUCGGAAAGCGAUUGCUUGCCGGCCACUGGAACGUGACCGACGUUUGCAACGGUUUGCUGGGCGGGUUCGCUGCAAUAACUUCCGGGUGCUCCGUUGUCGACCCGUGGGCCGCGAUCGUAUGUGGAUUCGUGGCGGCUUGGGUUUUAAUCGGCUGCAACAAACUGGCGGAGAAAUUCCGUUACGACGAUCCGUUAGAGGCGGCGCAGCUCCACGGCGGUUGCGGCACGUGGGGGAUAAUUUUCACGGCGCUGUUCGCGAAGAGAGAGUACGUCAACGAGGUUUAUCCGGGAGUACCUGACCGACCGUACGGAUUGUUCGUGGGAGGUGGAGGGAAGCUCCUGGCGGCGCACGUGGUUCAGAUAUUGGUGAUCGUUGGGUGGGUGAGUGUGACGAUGGGGACGGUGUUUAUGGUUUUGAAGAGGCUGGGUUUGCUGAGGAUUUCGCACGAAGAAGAAACGGCGGGAAUGGACCUGACCAGCCAUGGAGGUUUGGCUUAUGUUUAUAAUGACGAGGAUGGUACUGUCAAGAAUUCAGGUUCGGUUUAGACGAGGUUGAGUCUGGGUCCCGAAUCCAUGUUUUUUUAUUUUUAUUUUUAUUUUUUGUAUAAAGAAAAUAAUAAUAACAUUAGGUAGUUUAUGAUUGAUAAUAUUUAUUAUGCUACAUUGAACGAUUAUAUACACCUACUUUAUAAUUUUUAUUUUUAGUAUGUCCAAAAAAAAAAAAAUUAAAGUUUUAAUUGAUAGUGUUUUUAAUUUGUGAUUG